GUCAAAAAGAUAGAAACAAAACUGAGUAGCCAGAGUAAAAUAGUCAAUCUUCAGGGGUGCAAUCUAUAAAUUAAGAGCUUAAGGAGUUUACUGCAUACCAAACACUCCACAAUCUCUCCGUCGAUCCACCCGUUCAAACACCGGCGACGAGGUAAUUUAUUGCAUCUAAAUUAUUAUGGGGACCCCAGAGACAUCUCGUGAACCUUGUCCGGACCGUAUACUGGACGACAUCGGUGGAGCCUUUGGUAUGGGUGCAGUCGGAGGUUCAGCCUUCCACUUCUUGAAAGGAACCUACAACUCUCCAAAAGGCUUGCGACUUACUGGCGGUGUUCAAGCGGUGCAGAUGAAUGCUCCACGUGUUGGCGGCAGUUUCGCUGUCUGGGGCGGGCUUUUCUCCACUUUUGACUGCACGAUGGUGUAUAUCCGCCAGAAAGAGGAUCCAUGGAACUCGAUAAUAGCCGGUGCUGCCACCGGAGGGUUUCUCCAGAUGCGUCAAGGGCUCGGAGCCGCCUCUAGGUCAGCGGCUUUUGGUGGAGUUCUACUUGCUAUGAUUGAGGGUGCUGGAAUCAUGUUGAAUAAGCUCAUGAGUGCACCCCAGAAUCUCCCUCCGAUGGAAGAGGCUGUGCCGCCUAACGUGAGCGGUAUACCGCAAGUUCCCAUGGGACAUCUUUCCAAUCAAGCUCAAGUAAACAUUGACGGCAUGGCAUCAUCAUCGACAUCAUCAUCGUCGUCGUCAUGGUUUGGAGGGCUGUUUGGUGGCGGAAAACAGGAGGAAACUGCCCCAAGCAAUGGUGCGAAGACACAGGUAUUAGAGAGCUUUGAUGCUCCAAACCCGCCUUCGUUUGAAUACAAGUAAACGGCAACAAAAGGGGUCGGACUUUUGGAAUUCGGGAAUGGGAUUGGAGGUCGUAUUUCACUUGUGAGGUUUGUUUUGGCGCAUAUUUUUUGUAUAAAUGUUUGUAACCAAAUAAUCGACAGUCCAGCUAAACCGUAGCUCGAGCUGAACAUCAGCGCUGAUACCAAUUGUUUAGAUGCUAGUUAGCCCGCACGAGAUAAAACUGCAUAAGCUCAUCAGAGCUUUCGUUCUAAAACAAAUCGGUUAUAAAAAUCAGUCAAACAAAGUUAUUAUUAGUUUA